GCUUUAUCUUUAAAAUUGAUUUGGUUAACUCCCGCUGCAUGUUUUCGCCCAAUAAUUCCUUGCUCUCUCUGCAAUCUACCCAUCUGUUGUUCCGCACAUACCAAUGCCUACUCACAUGGCAAUCCAUUGAAUUUUCGAGAUUGUUUUAGACGCCAGCGCCGCGCAUUUCGAUCAAGCACCAUCUGUUGGGUAUAGAGCACUGUGAUUACACUCUGGAUGGGAUGAAAAUGUCUGCAAUGUGUUUCUCUCUCAUGCAAUUUCCAAGAUGCAGACUUCAUUCGUUAGCUCAAUCCUGGUUGCAAAAUUUUUAUAACUCGGGCAGCUCCAGUUACAGGAUUCUGUGUUCAACCAGCCAUGAUCCUGAAGGAUGGCCCAAUGGGAAGUGGAGUAGGCGAACAAUAAUUACAAAAGCAGAAGGAUACAACGAGGGCUUAAUUGACAAAGGAUGUGAUAUAGAUGGGUAUAAAUUAGUAGAAACCAAGGUACCGAGCCGCAGAAAAAAAGCUGUUGGAGAUAAUGUCAUUUCAAGACGCACGAAGGCCAACUUGAAUAAAUGUGAAGCAGAGUCUACUGAAAUAGAGUCGGAUCAGGAUUACGAAGAGAUAGCCAAACUAGCAACGAUUAUUUGUUUUGAUAUUGAAACAACUGGGUAUAAUAGUGCACAACAUAGGAUAGUCGAGAUUGCUUUCCAGGAUCUUCGAGGGGGUCAAAAUAGCACUUUUCAGACUCUGGUAAAUCCCGAGCGUGAUGUGCCCAAGCGCGCUGAAGCAAUUCAUGGCAUUUCUUCUCAGAUGGUUAGAAGUCGUGACGUACCCAGGAUGAAGAACCUCAUUCCAAUCAUGCUGGAGUACAUCAAAAGCCGCCAGCAACCUGGUGGAAUUGUGAUUCUGGUCGCUCACAAUGCUCGCAAAUUUGAUGUUCCCUUCUUGAAAAGGGAAUUCGAGCGCUGCAACUAUGAGUUUCCAAAAGAUUGGGAAUUUGGCGACACCCUUGAUCUGGCCCGUGCCUUGAAGGAUAAAGGACUGAAAGUUCCUUCAAAACUAAACCUGCAAUACCUACGCGAGCACUACGGCAUUCCAUUGAUGGGCAAGGAACACAGAGCUCUAUCAGAUGUCCACACUCUCGCCUACGUUUUCCAGAGAUUAACGAUGGAGCUGAAAUUGACGAAAUCUGAUCUCAUCCCAAUGUUCCGCAAGCGAUUCAAAGGUUAGCUAUUGUCUUCUUGUUGUUGUAAUGACCUCUUCAUUAUUUUUGCCCCAUUCUUUCGAAACAUUACAUUGGUGGUGUCUGAUCUUCGCUUUAUUAUACACACUGACGACGACGACCUCUUAACUUUGUCGAAAUUUCGAGUCUCGUCCUGUGUGUACUCUGUUGCUAUGCAAGUUUUCUGUAGAGAUGUAAUGUUGAUGGCAGCCAUUGAUGGAAAGAUGGAGCUGAUUUGCUCUAGUUUUUGCCCUUGCUGAUGAUAGUCUUUUGUUGCUGAAUUCUACUGUUGAAAGAAAAGGAUUAUUGUUGUUUUAACA